UUUGUGCCUCCUCCUUCCUUCCUUCCUUCCUUCCUUCCUUCCUUCCUUCCUUUCUUUUUCCCCCCGUCAGCCCCUUAUAUGCCCGAAGCUCCACGCAGUCUUUCCUUUUAACGGCGAACAAGGCCAUCGAGUUCUUUAAUUUGCAUGUUUAGCAUGCCUUAUGUUGAUCUUCAGCGCGUGUAGAUAGUUCUCAAGGUCCCUUACAUUACAUGACCGCGGCAACAAAUAGUGUGGAUGUAGAUGCAUCAAAUUUGAAGACAAUAGCUAGCCAGGCAGAUCAUGAACCGCUUUUGAGAUGAGAAUCUUGACAAGAAUGAGAAGAAUUGCCUUUGCCGCUUCUCCGUCAGGCCUCUCUUUCGUUCUUCUGUCAUGGAUCCUGGUAUUGGCGUCCUCCUACGCGCAAAACUCUUCUCUCUCGAUUGGCGGAAAACUGAAGCUGAACCAGACCAUCAUCUCAGGAGGGAAGGAAUUCGAACUGGGCUUCUUUACACCCAGAGGUAGUGCUUCCAACCAGAGAUAUCUGGGCAUCUGGUACUAUAACAUCACUCAAACGGUUGUAUGGGUGGCCAACAGAGAGAAUCCCAUCGCCGCCGACGACUCCGACGCUGCUCUUGUCCUGUCCGACAACGGAGACGCCGUGAUUCUUGACGGCAGUGGGAAGACGGUAUGGUCGGCCGGCGUGUCGACGCCAUCCCCUAACGGCACGUUCGCGAGGCUCGACGACACCGGGAAUUUUGUCAUAACCCAGGCCAGCACCGGAGUUCCGCUGUGGGAAAGCUUCAGGCAUCCGACCGAUACGUUCCUGCGCGACAUGCGAUUUUCCCGGAACACGACGACGAAGCAGGCGUUAGUAUGGACUUCGUGGAAGAGCGCCACCGACCCGUCGCCGGGUCAGUUCUCGCUCGGUCUCGACCACAACAGCUCCGAGCUGUACCUUUGGAAUGGAUCGGUCCCAAUUUGGCGCACCGGUCUGUUGAAGGGCCGGACCUUCACCGGAGUGACGACCAUGUCGGCUUUCUACAUAUUCGGGUUCAAUCCAGAGACCAACGGCGACGAAUUCUCCAUCUCCGUCUCCCCGAGCUUCGCCGGCAAGAUGAGAUUCGUGCUGGACUACACCGGAUCCAUUGUAGAGUACCGGUGGAACGAGAGUUCCGGGAAAUGGUUCGAUUACUGGGGCCGCCCUUCAAACAAGUGCGAUUCCUACAACCGAUGUGGGGCAUUUGGUAUAUGUGACCCGAGCCGCAGUUCCAUCUGCAGCUGCUUGCCUGGGUUCGAACAAAGCUCCGGUGGGUGCGCUCGGAGGAUCCCCGUCGGCUGCGCUGGCAAUAGCAGCAGCGGACCGGGAUCCGAUUCCAGCGGGUUUCUGACCAUUCCGGCAGUGAAGCCACCCGAUCAAGCUCUGUGGAUCCGAUCCAUCCAGAGUAAGGAUGACUGCCAAGCAGUAUGCCUGAAUAAUUGCUCGUGUACUGCGUUUGCUUAUGCACCGGACUUGGAGUGCAUGAUAUGGACUGGGCGCCUGCUGGACAUCCAGCAAUUCCCCAGUCCGGGAAACGGUGUGGACAUCUACCUCAGAUUGGACCGCUCCGAGUUAGAGAACAAGAAGCCUAAGCCUUGGAAAGUGGCCAUCUAUGUUGUGAUUUCCACAAUAGUAGCAAUAUGUUGUGCCAUUUUUUUCUACUUUAUGUGGAGGCAUAGGAGGAAGCCAAGAGAGUCGACGAAAGAGGAAGAGAAACGUGAAUCAACAGCAUACAGGCCAUGCAGCAGCAUGAACUCUUGCAGUGUAUCGUUUGACACCAUCCUGCCCAACAAAGAGGGGGAGGAGACAGGACAGGGGCUGCCAUUGAUAGAUUUGGGCACUGUAAGGGAUGCAACAAGUAAUUUCUCCAAUGAAAAUAAGCUUGGGGAGGGUGGAUUUGGGCCAGUUUACAGAGGUAAGUUACCAGAAGGGCAGGAAAUAGCAGUGAAGAGGCUGUCAAGGAGCUCGGGGCAGGGGCUAGAGGAGUUCAUGAAUGAGGUGAAACUGAUAGCCAAACUUCAGCACCGGAAUCUAGUUAAGCUUGUUGGUUGCUGCAUUGAAGAGCAAGAAAAGAUCCUGAUCUAUGAAUACAUGCCGAACAAAAGCUUGGACGCUUUCCUCUUUGAUAAAAAAUUGAUUCCCCAAUUGGACUGGGGGAAGAGAUUCAGGAUCGUGAUGGGGAUCGCAAGAGGGCUGCUUUAUCUUCACCAGGACUCCCGGCUGAAGGUUGUGCACAGGGAUCUCAAGGCCAGCAACAUUCUGCUCGACGCCACAUUGAACCCAAAGAUCUCCGACUUCGGGUUGGCCAGGAUAUUUGGUGCUGACCAAUCUCAAGUAAAUACCUGCAGAGUGAUGGGGACGUAUGGCUAUAUGUCUCCAGAGUAUGCCAUGGAAGGAAGAUUUUCAAUCAAAUCAGAUGUCUUCAGCUUUGGGGUACUGGUGUUGGAGAUUGUGAGCGGAAAGAGGAUGACUCGCUUUCAGCAUGAGGAACUUAACCUGAACCUUCUUGGAUAUUCGUGGAAGCUAUGGAAGGAAGGGAAGGCGCUGGAGUUAUUGGAUCCAUCGCUGGACGGUCAAUGCAACGAGGAUGAGGUGAUGAGGUGCAUCCAUGUGGGGCUGCUCUGCGUGCAGGACGAGGCCACCGACAGACCCGCCAUGUUCUCCGUCGUCCAGAUGCUCGGCAGCGCGGCCGCAAACCUCUAUGAGCCACAGAUGCCUGCCUACUCCCGGAGAAGACACUUAUUGGAGAGUGAUACAUCGUCCACCGACGGCGACCCCAGAUUCCAGUCCAUAAACAAGCACACCAUCACCAUUGUUGAGGCACGAUGAGUUUUGCUCAACAACAUUACCAGUUUGUAAGAAGAUUGCUACGAAACUGAUUCGGGUUGCUCAGUGCUUCGUGUCUGUUGUUGAGUGAGUCUACCUCACAUAGAUUAUUGUUUUGUUUUUUGUGAUUUUUUC